CCCAGGUUCCAUUGAACGAGCAUCUGUGACACAACCCAUCCACCUACACUUCACCAUAAAGUUUGACAUCUCAGAUCAGCUGUGUGGUCGCUGGAGCACAGAGCCAUGAUGGAACAGCAGUGAGGAAAACCAACGAGAGAAAGGAUCCGUGUCAUGAUGGUGCUCGUCCUGAUUGUCGCAGGUCUUGUGGUUGUCGCGCUGCUCAUGGUUUUAUUCGCACCCUACAUUAGGAAAUACUCUGCAGGUGGAACAUGUAUGUCUAUGGCCCGGUUGGACGGGAAGACGGUCCUGAUUACUGGAGCCAACACUGGUAUUGGGAAGGAGACUGCCCUGGACCUGGCUAUCAGAGGUGCGAGGGUGAUCAUGGCUUGCAGAGAUGUGGAGAAGGGUGAGGAGGCCGCAGCAUCGAUACGACGCAUCUACUGCAAGGCAAACGUAGAGGUCCGAGAGCUAGACCUGGCUGAUACCAGCUCCAUACGGGCCUUCGUGCAACGCUUACUCAGAGAGGUCGACCACCUCCACAUCCUGAUCAACAAUGCUGGGGUCAUGAUGUGUCCGUACGUGAAGACCAUCGAUGGCUUCGAGAUGCAGCUGGGGGUCAACCACCUGGGUCACUUCCUGUUGACGUACCUCCUGAUUGGUCUGCUGAAGCGUAGUGCUCCGGCCCGUAUCGUCGUGGUUUCCUCUCUGGCUCAUAACGUUGGCUGGAUCCGCUUCCAUGACCUCCUCAGCCAGGGCAGCUACAACAGCGGCCUCGCAUACUGCCAGAGCAAGUUGGCCAACCUUCUGUUCGCUAGGGAGCUGGCCCGCAGACUCAAAGGUUCCAGUGUGACGGUGAACUCUGUCCACCCUGGGUUGGUGCGCUCAGACCUGGUACGCCACUCCACCAUCAUGUCUCUGCUGUUCUCUCUGUUCUCCUUGUUCCUGAAGAGCCCUCGGGACGGGGCCCAGACAUCCAUCUACUGCGCUGUGGCAGAGGAGCUGCACUCCCUCACUGGGAAACACUUCAGUGACUGCGCCCCAGCCUCCGUGGCCCCCAGGGUAUAA